AUUUUGCUGACCUUUGACUGAAGGGUCAUAAUGUCGUAUGUUGAACACCUGGACUCACCUGAGCUCCACCUGUGACCUGUGACCUCCUGCAGGUUUGGACAUGCUGGACGGGGACUUAAAGGGGAAGUACUUCGCUCUGAAGAACAUGACUGAGGAGGAGCAGCAGCAGCUGAUCGAUGACCACUUCCUGUUCGACAAGCCCGUCUCCCCUCUGCUGCUGGCGUCUGGCAUGGCUCGCGACUGGCCCGACGGCCGCGGCAUCUGGCACAACGACAACAAGACCUUCCUGGUGUGGGUGAACGAGGAGGAUCACCUGCGAGUCAUCAGCAUGCAGAAGGGAGGCAACAUGAAGGAGGUGUUCAACCGCUUCUGCACCGGACUCACCAAGAUCGAGAGCUUGUUUAAGGAGCGAGGUCACGAGUUCAUGUGGAACGAACACCUGGGCUACGUCCUCACCUGUCCGUCCAACCUGGGGACGGGACUGAGGGCUGGAGUCCACGUGAAGCUGCCCAACGUCAGCAAGCACGACAAGUUCGGAGACAUCCUGAAGAGGCUGAGGCUGCAGAAGAGGGGCACAGGUAAGAGACAGACAGGCGGAGAGACAGGUUGACUUUAGCCAGUGAGA